AUGGCUGUACAGUACAAGACGAAACCUCCAAGUGAUGAGUGCAAAUGGAUAUGCAUAUAUCCGUUAUAUAUGAAUUCUCGGAAGACCAUUGCACAGGGACGACGAGUGAGCAAGAAUAAGGCGGUGGACUCACCAACAGCACAAGAAAUCUUCGAUAUCUUGUCGAAUGCUGGCAUGAAAGCGAAGCUUGAGAAGCAAAAGAUGCAUCCAUUGGAUUCAAAUCGUGAUGCUAAUUCUCAAGGAAGAGUACGGGUGCAGUUGCGAAAUGAUGAUGGUUCCCUGUAUGAUCAGAAAUUCCCAACGAGGAUGUCACUAAUGUUAUACGCAUGUGAAAUGGUGCCAAAAUUGAAAUCACGUCAAGUUGGUAGCGGAAUAACAUCACAGUCUUCUUCGGGUGGCGGAAUUGGUGGCGGGAAGGCCAAUAAAAAGAAGAAGCGAUAA